AGAAGGUGGAAGGCAGCUGGAGGGAGGUGUGGGGAGGAAGGACUCGGAGGCGGCUGUAGUAGCAGCCGCUGACAAAGGCGCAGGAAUUCAAGAGAAGCCCCAGCCCCACAACAGCCCAGGCUGGUGGUCGUCCUCCGGUAGCCAGGAGUGGCAAAGGCCAAACCUUGGCUCCAUGAGCUUUAGAAAAUGCAGGAACGCAGCUGGUCGCAACUGGAUGGCAGCAAAAGAUAUGCAGAAAUACAGGCAACAUUAUCCGGGUUUGGAAGAAACUGAAAUGAGAGAGGAGAAAAUGUGGAAUUUGAGGUUUUACAAAAACGAGAUGAGUUUUCAGCCUAAUGGCCUCCUUAUUGAAGAUCUCCUUGAGAUGUGGCAAAAUGACUAUGUAACUCUGGAAGAAAACCAUUCAUAUAUCCAGUGGUUAUUUCCUUUGCGUGAGCCAGGAAGGAACUGGCGUGCACGGCUUCUCACCUGUCAAGAGAUCCAGGCCUUCAAGAAAUCGGAGGAAGUCAUGGCGAGGUUCGUCCGGGCUUACAAGCUCAUGCUGGACUUCUACGGAAUCGAGCUGCUAAAUGAGAAAACGGGUGAAUUGGGGCGAGCAAAGAACUGGCAAGAGAGGUUCGAGAACCUCAACCGGUUCAGCCACAAUAAUUUGCGGAUCACUCGCAUCCUGAAGUGCUUGGGGGAGUUGGGCUACGAAAAAUACCAGAUGCACCUGGUGAAGUUCUUCCUGACGCAGAUCCUGGUCCACCAGGAGCUCCCGCGGGUGCUGAGAAGUGCCUUGGACUACUUUGUGUUCACUGUCCGGAACAAGCGGCGGCGGCAGGAGCUGUUGCAUUUUGCAUGGCGGCACUUCACGCCCAAGCGGGAUUUUGUCUGGGGCCCGCACAGGAAGCUCCGGCGAUUCAAACCCCGGUCCCCAGAAUUCCUGAACAGCGAGCGGCUCGAGGGGGAGCAGGAUGAGGAUGGAGAGGAGGCUGCAGGAAAGAGUGAAGUCGAGCAGCAGCAUAAAACGUGCCAGAGACUUGAGGAAGAGCCUGCUAGGAGGGAGAGUGUGGAAAACGAUCAGGACGAGCUGAUGGACAAGACAGGCACCGUUUGCCCUGCUAUAGACCAAACAACCAGUAAUCUGAUUGUUCAGCCUGUGUCCAAAAGUAAUGCUGAACUGGGGUUUUCAUCUAGUGACUCUGUCCCUAGCAAAGAUAGCGAGGGAGAGCCUUCCUCUGUGAUCUGUGGCGAUGGAUCGCGGGCCGGAGAUGCUCCGGGACCCCAAACGAGUCCCGCAGGUGAACACGAAGCUUCAGGUAAGAUGAAUCAACGUGGGCUUGCAACAGCAGAGGAAGUCAAGGCAGAGAAGGAUGGCGGGAAAGAAGACUCAGCGGUUUCUCCGUUUGUCCAAACGGGAAGGCAGGAUCUUGCGGAGGAGGGCGAGAGGAAAGAUGGAGCGCCAGGUUCUUCGUCUCCCCAGCUGGAAAAGCAGGAUCCCGCCGGCGAGGGUGAGAACGGAGCGUCCGGUGAAAGUCCGAAGGAAUGCAAGAAGAGGAAGCUGGAGAUGGGCAGGUUGAGCGAGGAAAGCGUCGGGGUGGUGAAAAGCCCCACCGACAUUGAGAAGAUCUCUGCCAACCUCGGAGAGGUUGUGAUUGGUCAGAAGGGGAUCGAUGGCCUUCCGUUCACGGAGGAGAAGGCCAGCCCUUUGCCGCCUCGAGGAGGUGAUAUGGAUGGUAGAUACAUGAAGGAGACGGAAGCCACUGACGCAGUGAGAAAAAGACGGAAAGUUGAGAUGGCAUCGGAAGGCGGUGCCUCAGGGACACCCGCAGAGGCGGGCAUCGAGGUGGCAUCCUCUGAGAGCCAGAUAAACUCCGCCAGCACCGAGAGGACGGAUGGAGCCUGCCAUGAUGCAACAGAAACAAUUGGCAAUGCUCCUACAAACAGCGACUGUAGUUCGCCGGGUGUGGAUUUAUUGGUUAAUUCCAAAACUAACGCCGAGUCGAGCCUUUCGCCAGACAGCUGUGUGCCAGCCCAGUCUGGCGAGCAAGGAACUACCUCCGCCGUGGAAGGCAACAGAUUGCAGGCCAGCGAAAUUCUGCCAUUCAGUGAAAAGAAGGAUGUGGGUGACGAAAGCCCAAGACAGGAAGAGGGGGGCAUUGAAGGAAAGGCAGAAGCAGAGGCAGAUAGGAAUGAAACACCUGAAACAGUGGAGAGGGUGAAUUCUGUAUCAGGGCCAGAAGCAGAAUAGCUGGAUAAAAGUGAGGGGGUUCCACUGAUUCUGGAGGCUGUUAAAAGGACAUACCCUUUUACAAGUUGAUCAGAACAGCACCAGUCCACUGCCUGUGUGUGUGUGUGUGUGUGUGUGUGUGUGUGUGUGUGUUUUGGUUCCUCUUUUUUUGUAUACUUUGUUAUGAAGCCCAAAACCUCUAAAUGGGUUGUUCUCACUGGGGACAGACAAAAAAGGCUUCCUGAUUAAACUCCCCCAAUUGUUGACUUGCAUACUUGGAUCUUCUGAAUUCUAAAACAAUGUAUAUGGGUUUUCUCCUUUGCUUUAUAAAUGAUUCCAAAUAGCUCUGGUUUCGAAACGGAAAUCAUUUUUUGAGCAAGUAAAUGCCAAUUUGUGGGCAAAUUUUCCAGUAUUUACUAGAAGGUCCGAAAGGAACAUAUUUGUUAAAUUAAUGUUGCUUUGUUAAAAUAAAAGUUCCUAACUUCUA